GUCGUGUGGUUAGGAUUAAUUGGGAUGUUAUUUGGUGCGACCAGGUGUAGACCUGAUUAUGGGGAUGCACUUUCUAAGAGCAUCUUGUUCUUUGAAGGCCAGAGAUCAGGAAAGCUAACCAAUCAGAGGAUGAGUUGGAGAAAGGAUUCUGCUCUUCGUGAUGGGUCCGAUAUCGGUAUGGAUUUAGUAGGUGGUUACUAUGAUGCUGGUGAUAACGUAAAGUUCACUUUUCCAAUGGCAUUCACUACAACAGUCUUAGCGUGGAGUAUCACAGAAUUUGGACAAUUAAUGGGCGAUCAAGACCUUCAACAUGCCCAUGAGGCUCUCCGGUGGGGCACCGAUUUCCUUCUCAAGGCUACAAGCACAUCCGGCACAGUCGUAGCCGUAGUUGGUAACCCCAUUUCCGAUCACAACUGUUGGGAAAGGCCCGAAGACAUGGACACUCUUAGAACUUCUUAUGUCGUUAACACAACUCACCCGGGAUCUGAAGUUUCGGCAGAAAUUGCCGCUGCACUUGCUGCCUCUUCUUUGGUUUUCCAAUCUGCUGAUGCUAAAUACUCGGCAACUCUUCUUGAUAGAGCAAAAGAAGUCUUUAAAUUUGCAGAUAGUUACAAGGGAUCUUAUAAUUCAAGUGUUGGAGCAGGUGCAUGCCCAUUUUACUGCGAUUUCAAUGGUUACGAGGAUGAACUGAUAUGGGGAGCGGCAUGGCUAUAUAAGGUGACGAAAUUAGAAUACUACUGGAAAUAUGUUAAUGACAAUAUACCGAAUUUUGAAAAGAGUAUCUCCCAAGAUUAUUUGGUGGGUGGUUUCUUAGAAUUUGGAUGGGAUGCAAAGCAUGCUGGCAUUGCUGUGCUCUUUUCCCAGGUAUUGUUUCCACUGGCGAUGGACUCCGGUAAUUCAAGUCCUUUUAUUCGGUAUGCAGACCAGUUUGUGUGUUCUGUGUUGCCCAACUCACCCACAAAAUCAGUCACAUAUUCAAAGGGUGGGCUUCUGUUCAAACCAGGAUCAAGCAAUUUGCAACAUGCAACAUCUUUGUCAUUUCUUAUCAUGGUUUAUGCUGGCUACUUGAAAGAUAGAGUGGUUCAAUGUGGUGGUCUUAAAGCUUCUCCCUCCGACCUUAGAGAAUUUGCAAGAACCCAGGUGGAUUAUGUAUUGGGGAGCAACCCAAUGGGAAUGUCAUACAUGGUUGGUUAUAGCAACAAGUUUCCUCAGAGAAUCCAUCACAGAGGAUCUUCCCUACCCAGUGUGGAUCAACAUCCCAAACCCAUAAAAUGCCAUGAUGGAACACCUUAUUUUGAAUCCCAAAACCCUAAUCCCAAUAUACUAACCGGGGCGAUUGUCGGAGGACCCGAUAUCAACGAUCAGUACAAAGAUAGUCGGGUCAAUGUCUCUCAAUCGGAGCCUACCACUUACAUCAAUGCUCCUUUUGUUGGAGUCUUAGCAUACUUCAAAGCUUCAAAAUAAAUUUCUCAAUUUUACUUAAAAUGAAUACGUAAAACUUAAUUAAAGCACCGAUUUUUCCUCUUCAUCUUUCUAUUUAUGUGCUUCAAUCUAUAUAAAAAAAUUAACAAAACAGUAAUUUUUUUAAUUAUAUAUUAUGAUCGUUACAACUAUGUUUAAAUCAAAUAUCAAAUCUGAUAAGACAAAAUAAUUUUGUUCCAUAUUUGAAUAGAAAUUUGAUGUGGGGUGCCAUGCAACAAACACUGUACUAAAUUUGCAUGUGAUCUAUCCCUAACCCAUGUUCUUUGUUUGGAUUUUCCAACUUUUUUCCUUAAUUGGAGGAUCUCCGU